GACAGUGACCAUCAUCACAUCUGCAUUUAACCCUGCUCGAAAACUCGUCUCAGGAGCUCGGAGGGAUCCUACAGAUGCUAGCGAUCAAUCCAGUCCAAUUAAGCAUCCCCUCGGGUCCCCCUCCAUUGAUCAUGAUGACUAUGCGCUCCCCAACAGAAGAGCAUUCGGAUUCCUCUUUCAGUCUUCCCCUAUCAUCCUUUCUCUUUCUCCCUCAAGAACUGAAAGACGCCGUCCUCCACCACCUCGCUUCCUCCCCCACCACCCUGGCCGCCUGCGCCCUUACCCACCGCACUUUCACCCCCACUGCCCAGUCCCUCCUCUUCUACACCCUGCACGUUACACGGGCCUCCCACGCCCCCGCCCUUCGCCGCCUCCUCCACAGCGCCCCUCAUCUCGCUGCGCACCCGCGCCGCCUCAUCAUCGCCGACGUGCACACCACCGACGAGGCGCAAGACCACUGGAUCCCGACCGCCGCGCCAGACCUAGCCACCGUGCUCGCGGCGCUGCCGAACCUGGAAAUGCUCGCUCUGCGAUGCGCGAUGACGUCCUUUCCCUACCUCGGCGACCUGCGCUACGCGCUGAGGCGGGUGGUGCUCCGGCUGCGCGGGCUGGAGCUAGCGGGGAUCCGGAUGGUGCCGCCGGACCUGGUCGCCGGCGGGCGGCUGGCAUCCCUCCGGCUCGUCGACGUGAGCUUUGCGGGGCGGGCGCCACAUAGCAGCACUGCCUGCGCGCCGGAGGCGCUCGAGCUCCGCGAGAUAUCUUCAGGCGCGCUCUCCCCCCUUCGUCUUGACGUGCGACGCCUGACCCGCCUGCGCCUCGACGCCGCCGACGCCGCGGAGCUCGUCCCGUUCUGCGCGUCCACGCUCCGCGUGCUCGAGGCCUAUGACAACAUCCCCCCACCUCACGCACUGCCCGCACUGCACACCCUUGCCUUGCGCUCCUACGGGCCAGAAGGCGAGUUCCUGCGUCCUUGGUUGCGCGCCGCACCCGGCCUUCGGAGGCUUGUGCUCAGGGCUAGCGGCGGCGACAUCCGCCUCGUCGACGGGGAUCUAGAGAUCGGGGGCUGCGUGCUGGUAAGCGGAAAUGUGCUUGAGGAGGGACGCGCGCUCGAGCGCGUCGAGCUGGUCUGUGGCGCGAAGCAUGCGAUGCGAGGGUCGACGUUGCCGAAGGAGGUGCGAGUCGGUGUGUUGGAGGGAGGGGCGGAGGUGGUGAGAGUGUGGGUUCAUCGGCCUGAUACUUCCAGCGGGGAGCAUCGCGUAUCCAUGCGCGGGUCUGAUAUACUUGAUGGAUAGAUUUGGACUCAAGUCAAACUACUGGCGUGAAUCAAGCCAGCGCGCUUUGGACUAAGGCUUUUCUGUAUGGAUUCUCGUCGACUGUGAACUCCAACGAGCUGCGCUCAAUGUGCCACUGGGUCGAAGCGUGGCGUAAUCAAUAUGCUAAUAGAC